UGAAGAAUAUAUACGAAAGAAACUUAAACAGUCCAACAAGUGGGAUGAGUUCACCUCAUGGAAUAAUUUCAGAGAGCCAGAAAUCCUUGAAAAAGCCUGAAUUUAAAUUUGACGUACAGCAGCACAAUAGAAGAACUUCAAUAGUGCUAAAGAAGGAACAGGAGAAGAAAAUUAUAAUUGUAAAGAAGGAAAGCCCUAAAAAUAUUGAUUCACAUUUCAUCAAAGGUCUAUCCAAAUUCAGGGACCUCCAGUUCAGCACAGAAAAUACCUUCCAAACUGCUAAUAAGACUGUCAGGAAUCACAAAUAGAGACCUUCCCUCUUUAAAGGCUAAAAUUAGAAAUAAGAAGUUAGCCCAAAAUGGGUCCAGGAGGUUUCUAAAAAUCUGUAGUUCUUCAAGAAAUACAGAGUUGUUUACCAAAUUAAGAGAGAAGAUUAUAAAGGAAAGUAAAAAGAGAGCUCAGAACCACAAGCUUCGGCAAAAUCAACCCAAAGGCAAGAAUGUGCCUGUUAUUAUAUAAAUUUGGAACAGGAAAGUCUGAAUACAGAAAGAAUAACGGCUUCCCAAAGUGGGGUCAUGAAAGUAUCAGCUCUGUCCACUAAUCGCAGUCUAAAACCAGAGAUAAUAGAUAUGAAAGCCGACAAAAGAAGAAGGAGUAAUGCAUUACCUGAUAGAUUUACUAAGAACCCCAGAAAAUCCCUAAGACUUAAGUUUCUUGGAGGAAAUCAGAAGAUGAUUCAAUCAAAAAGAGCUUCAAAAAGUCAGCAUGCUGGCGCAUCUUCGAGGACAAUGAAAAGAUUUGGCGACCUUCCUUUAUUCCCUCAGCAGCCGACUGCUGCACAAUACAAGGCUCAUCCUUUUAUGAUGUCUCGCACUAGAAAGGCGAUGCUUCCAUCUAGGAAGAAUAGAACAAAGGGAAGCAUAAAUAGAGAAAAUAUCCGGAAUAGUUUGAAGAUAUUUAACAUGAGGGAUAUUCCAAACACAAGACAGUCUGAUGCUUCAAGAACUUUAUCCCAAUGCAAUAAGUUCUUUACAGCAGACAGAGAAGCCACUCUUGAAGGGUUUGAAGAAGCUGCUUUCAGAAACCAAUUUAACCAGGGAGCAGACCUUGGUUCCUUUGAAAUAUCGAAGGAAAACGAUGUCUAUCUUCAACAAAGUUUUGGGUUCCAGCUUUAAGUUUCAACAGGAG